UUUGGCAAUGGGGGUGGGGCCUGGGUGGCGAGCCCAGCACCAUGCCUUUCUGGAACAGGCUGCUCGGAUGCCCAGCUCCACUGCCCCAGCUGGCUGUGGAGUCCCAGUGAACUUCACUCACCCGAAAGCAGGACUGUAGCAACAUGUCAUUGUGACGUUAUCGUUCGCGGUCACUCUGGGAACAGGGCAAGUGGCAGCUGCGGAUAUUCCAACUCCAGGAAGCAACCAGGUUUGAAGGCAGCACAGCGUCUCUCUGGACACCCCACUUGUUCUGCUCUCUUUGAGGACAGAGAUGGAGCGCUGGCCCCUGAGCCAGGGAGGGGGAGCCCGACCCAGGGGGCGGGUGGGGUGGUGGCAGUGGUUGCUGGCCAGGGCCCUGGGCCUGUGAAGACCCUACCCCUGUGGCCCACGUGCCUCUGUUGACCCGUGAUGGAAAACUUCCAGUACAGUGUCCAGCUGAGUGACCAGGACUGGGCUGAAUUUUCGGCCACUGCUGAAGAGUGUGGCCUCCUGCAGGCUGCCCUGGCCUCUGGGGAUGAGCUCUUGUCCAGUGACACUGACCAAAGGGACAAUAGUCCUCCAGGGCCCCCUCCUCUUCUUGAGGGGCAGUUGGCUCCCGGGGGGAGUUGCCACCCUGGCUUUGAGGAGGAGGGCAAGGCAGCCACUUGGCAGCUGGUCAGCAGGUCUUGGCGCGAGCCUGUCCUGGCCCUGGAGGCCGGUCAGCAGACGCCUAGCACGUCCGCACGGUCAGAUGCUCGGCUGUCCCUCAGCUCUGGGGCUGCCCUUGCUGUCCGGAGCUCGUCCCUCCCAGGGUCAGCGUCUUCCGGAGACAAGAUGCAGAGGCUUCUGCAGGGGUCAGCCCCCCAGGGUCCUGCCCCUAGUCCCACUGGUGAGCCUCCUCAGAGCCCUGAGUCCCCUAGCCGCAGCUCUGCCCCCGAGAUGCCCCCUGGCAGCCCUGGAGCCCCACCACGCAGCCCCAGCCGAAAGAAGAGGCGCGCUGCAGGCACCAAGGCAGGUGGGCGCUCGGGUGCUCCAGGCUCUCUCACCCAGCUGGGUUCCGAGGUGCUCACUGAGGCCAGGCCUGAGGAGGGCCUCAGCCUGGCUGGGUCCAGGGGGAGGGCUCUCCCAGCUGGGGUGGCAAAGCAGAUGGCAGGAGCCGGGCAGAACGAGCUGAGGCCAGAGUCGGCAGGAGCCCCUGAGCGGGUGACCAGGCAAGGGCCAGGUGUGGCUCUGUCUACUUCUGUCCCUACCACUGAGCAAGGUACAGAUCUACUCAGAAUGAUGCCCAUGGCUGAGCCUGUGUCCAUGCUGGACCCGGAGGCGCCUCGAGAUGUCUCAAUGGCCAAGUCAGGCAUGCCUCGAUCAACACCCACCUCCAAGCCUUCAGCUGAGGUUGCUCAGUCUACACCCGCCUCCAAGCCUCCGCCCGAGGUGCCUCAGUCUACACCCGCCUCCAAGCCUCCGCCCGAGGUGCCUCAGUCUACACCCGCCUCCAAGCCUCCGCCCGAGGUGCCUCAGUCUACACCUGCCUCCAAGCCUCCGCCCGAGGUACCUCAGUCUACACCCGCCUCCAAGCCUCAAUUGGAUGUGGACCUGCUUAUGCUGGGCCCAGUGGUCAAGCCAGAGGUGGAUUCAUCUACAGCUGCCUCAAAGGCCACCCCGUGUAGGGCUCUGCCUCACUUUGCUCCAGAGGCCAGGUCUGAAGGGGGUGUGUCUACAUCUCCUGUCCCCCAGGAUUGGCCUGAUGAGGUGGAGGCGGAGGUUGCCCCACUGGCCCAGCUGGGUCUGAGCCCUGUUCCACCUCCAGGGGUGCAUGGAGAGAAGCCCAGAGGGGAACCCUCAGAAGGAGCUCCUGGAUACCACACUGGGGAGCCCCCACUAGGCCCCACCCAAGCUUCCAAGAAGAAGAAAGUGAGAUUCUCCAUGGCUGAACCUGGCGGGGAGAAGCCAGGGACAGGAGCAGCCACAGGCCCGCCCCCUUCAACCACAACCCCCAGGAUGGCAGCUGGGGGCCGCAGGGGGUCCGGGGCCUGGGACGCGGUGGCAGUUGGGCCCCGGACCCCUCAGCCUCGGAUCCUGAAGCACCUGCCUCCCCCUGCCCCCUCUGCCUCAGGGGGGCCUGCGCCCAAGAGCUGCUUUGCGGUGACCCUCCCGGAAGCCUAUGAGUUCUUCUUUUGUGACACCAUCGAGGAGGAGGAGGAGGAGGAGGACGAGGAUGCUGAGGAGGAAGCGGAGGCCCGACAGGCUCUGGCUGAAGUCCGGUGGCCGGAGGUGUGCGAGUUCUUCUUCCAGGACUGCCAAGGCCAGAGGGCGGGGCGCCAGAAGGGCCGGUCCCCAGCCCCGCCCCCACAAGCCAAGCCUGAACCUGCCUCUCCUGGAGACCCCAUGCCCAUCUCUAUCCCAGAGGCCUACGAGCACUUCCUUGGGGAGGACAGGUCAGGGGGCGUGCUGGAGCAGACGGCCCUUCUCCAGGUGCAGGCCAUGGAGCCCCCCAGCUCAGUCCUCUGGGGAGUGGGGACUGGCACCCCACCAGAGCCUAGCCCAGCCACAGCAGAGCAGCUCAACCUGGCCAUCAGGCAAGCAGGGGAACCCCGGGGUCCCCUCACCUCGUUUACCUUCAGCCAGAACGACAUGUGCCUGGUGUUUGUAGCCUUUGCCACCUGGGCUGUGAGAACAUCAGACCUGCAUGCCCCAGAUGCCUGGAAAACAGUUUUGCUGGCCAACAUCGGCACCAUCUCUGCCAUCCGAUACUUCCGCCGGCAGGUGAGGCGGGGGCGCGGCGGCCCCAGCCGCAGCCGCAGCCCCAGCCCCUAGGACCCAGGCUUGGCCCAGGAAGACACACGACAAGGGAAUGCUCACAGGUGCUCAGGGUGAGGCACUGCCCUCAGGCCUUGCCCUUUGACCCUUGUGUUCUUCGGUAUCUAGGAAGGAGCCAGCGUCCUCGGUCCAGGCUCCCUUGGACUCCACUCGAGGGUCCAGCCGGUGGUGGCGGCCGAGGCUAUGCUCCACACCUGGGAGUGAAGAGAUUCUGGAAGGCUGGGUGGGUGGGGGCCAAGCAGGGAGCUGGUUACUGAGGUGGCCAGAUCAGCAACUAAAAACAUAGGGGCGUCCAGUGAAAUUUGAAUCUCAGACACCCAGGAUUUGAGAUGUACUUAUGCCAAGAAAUUAGUUGUGGUUUAUCUGAAACCAAAGUUAACUGGCACCCUAUUCCUAUCUGGUUAUCUUGUUGGGGGGAGGGGCAUGACAGGGCCUGGGAAAUUAGAUGAUUUCAGAGCAGCAGCAAGGCCCCAGCUGGAGGUCUGAGCAGGGGGCAAAGGUAGGGAGGCUGGGUGGCCUUGAGACUAGGAGGCCAUGUCCCAGGGACUCUGCCCUGUUUGUAAGUGGGCUGGGCCAGUGGAGGCCUCUGAGGCUGCCUUGACCCCUGAACCCCAGGGGUGUACAGUCAAGCCUCCUUGGUUCCUGCCCAAGAUGGUGAGCAGGUACCUAAGGUGCCCUGUGGGGUGGGGGUCUGUAGGGCAGAGCCUGGAGUCCUUCCUCCAGGGAACCCUUGAGCAAGUGCUGAGGCAGAAGACAAUGGCAUCAGGGGAGGGACUGGACAACCUGGGAUUGUCCCAAGUCUGAGAGGAGCUGGAGAUGGGACAGGAAAGUGGGUGGCGUGCUGGUGGUGGUAGAGCAUGGGGGUCUGCCAGGCUGGGUGCUAGGUGGGCAUCCAGCCCCAAGGCAGCACGGCAUACAGGGUCCCCAGGACGCAGGAGACUCCUGGCUGCUGAGGACAGAACACGUGGACACACGGCGCCAAUAAAAUCUCUUUCUUUCUUG